UGAGGUGGAGGGGGAGGGGUCUCCCAAAAUCAGAUUCAGCUUAGGCCCCACAGAGACACACUUUCUCCCCGUGACUGCUCUGUUUACACGGUGUAUUGUGAAAGUACUGAGGCGAAGACAUUGUCAACCAUAAUUGCCUGAAACCCGUUUCCAUGGCGACGUAAACAAAACGCAGUGAUUGUUAACCCGCUCACUGACGCACAAACCUUCAACACCACAGUGAGGAGCGUUUUUCUUGUUCACUUCAGCCUCUGCUUGUCACCAACAUAAUGGACUUGAACUACGUCAGACGUGCUUCCUCUGCAGGUUACCGUUUACCGGAGCGAUCCACCGGAACCAGGCUGAUAACUGUCCAGUCAUCGACGGACAAGAGGAGGACCAAAGGAGGAGACGCGGUGUCUGUGGAGCAGAAUCCAGGCAAGAGUGAUAACGUUAAACAGGACCAACUGUGGAAAGAGCUUGUCUGGAGAGAGAGGAGAGGCAUCCAGGAAUGGGAGAAGAACUGGAACUUUCUCAAGAAUUAUGACAAGAUGGGACAGCUGAAGACAGAGGAGCCUCUGCCCAGCUAUGUCCCGCUGUUCUCUGACCGUGUCCCCAACACCACCAACCAGAUGUUUGGCAGCAGACUGUCCACUCCACUGGGGAGUGAACUGGUCAGACUGGACAGGCUGUUACUCUGGUCUGGAGGCCAUUACAAGAGCAAAAAGGAUGCAGAGCUGAUGCCGUGCUAAGGAAAAAAGGCCUGGUGAUAGUUAAUUGCUUCAUGUGCAGACAUUUGCAUAUUAGGCUUCUAAAAAUCGUCUAUUUUUGCCAAGACACUCACCGUAACUCAGUGAGUUUAGAUGUUUAUGCAGGGUUUAUAUUUUUCUUUAAUGGUAAUUCAUAUUUUCUCAUCUUUGCAUAAGAAUAUAGAGUAGCUUUGAGAUGCUAUAUCACGUGGUAAUGCUCCUUUCUGUCUUAAAUCUGUUAUAAAGCACAUAACAUUGUACUGAAGCUUGACAAAGACAUUGCAAACGAAAACCAAAACCAAAAACGAUGUCAUCAUGUAUGUUGACAUAAAUCACUGCCCUGUGUCUAAAUUGAAUAGAAAUGUUGAUGUACAGUGAAUCUGAAAAGAAUGACAUCCAAAAUCAUCAUAUCAUUAGAAUAAAGGUGUCGGUUUUUUUUCCAUG